AUGGCAGCCGUUACAUCGCAAGUAGCCUUCCCCGCAGCUUACACAGCCGCGCCCGCCGCGCGCGCUGCAGCUUGCUCCGCGCGAGUCUCCCUCCGCACGCCUUCCUUCUCCGCACAAGCCCUCCCCGCGGUGCGCGCAUUCCCCGCGCGUGCGGAGCGCGUCGUCGCCCCGCGCGCGGCGGUGGCGGAGGCGGGUAGCGAGGCGGCGGCGGAGGAGCCUAAGAAGGUGAAGGUGCUGUCCGUCAAGGAGGGCAAGCAACGGCUGCUCCUUAAAUUCGUCUGGCUCGAGAAGAACAUCGGGAUUGCCGUGGACCAGAUGAUUCCCGGGCAGGGCACUGUUCCAGUCAGCUCGUACAUGUUCUGGCCGCGCAAGGACGCGUGGGAGGAGCUGAGGGAGCUGCUGGAGAGCAAGCCGUGGCUGUCGCGCAAGCGGGUGAUUAUUCUGCUCAACCAGGCCACAGACAUCAUCAACCUCUGGCAGCAAACCACCUUCAAGCCUUGA